AUGGACUUGCGAUUAACGAUUCUUCUAUGCUUUUUCACAUUAGCCAUCGCGGCGGCUUUCCCCAUGGAAACGGGAGGAGGAAGGGCAAAACGUGAUUUAGUGGAAUAUGCAAAGCAGGCGUGGACUGCUGUCAUGAAUACAAUGAAUGAGGUUGGGGAGAACAUCGUGCAAAUCUUCAAACCGACGGAACCCGGCACAUUAAAGCCGGUGGUUAGUGAACUACCCAAGUACGGUGAUGUGUAA